AAUUAAACCUUAUUGGUUUGGUUUUCUCUCUAUCUAGGAUCAAUGAAACUUGAAGUCAAUUCUUUCACACAUGAUAAUAUUCAUCAAUUUAAGUCAGAAUCUUCAUCCUCUGUUCCUCCUCAAUGGCUUCAAGUUCUUCUUAAUGAAACCUUCUUUAUGCCCUGUUUGGUUCAUGUUUCUCAAAAGAAGAAUGAAAAAAAUGUUCUAUGUUUGGAAUGCUGCAUUUCCUUAUGUUCUCAUUGUUUACUCCUCCACCCAUCUCAUCAUCUCUUACAGGUAAGAAGAUAUGUUUAUCAAGAUGUUCUUAGAUUAGGUGAAGCCCAGAAAUUGGUUGAUUGUUCCUUUGUUCAGCCAUAUAUAGCAAACAGAGCAAAAGUGUUGUUCUUGAAACAAAGACCAAUAUUGAAUAGGCAAUUCAGAGGUGGGGGAUCAGGAAAUAAUUGCAUCACAUGUGAAAGAACUCUUCAAGAUCGUUUCUUCUUUUGCUCAAUUUCAUGCAAGGUUCAUGAAAUGGUGAAAAUAGCCCAAACAAAAGUUGAAACAAUUAAUCAGCAAUAUGAUUUGAAAUGGGAGAAAAUAUUUAUAAGGAGCUGUUUGGAUUCAGAUGAAAAAAGAAGAAUAACUACUCCAAAUUCUGUUUUAGAAAUGCCGAUUCCACUUUUAACAUCAUACGGGCGGAAUUAUCAUACGACGUCGUUAUCUGAUCAUUGUAGUAGGAGGAAACGGGUGCCUCACCGGUCACCAUUGUACUGA